AUGCCUUUAGAAGUUGUCCAUAAAAUAUAAUUUAGCGAGGCGUCAUUAUAAUAUCAAAAAGGAUUUAAAGCUAUGCCAGAUACAGCAGUAUAUAUUCAUAAUUGAAAUAUAGAGUUUUGCAUUAAAUACAUCAAUUAUGACCUAAAAUAUUGACAGGUUAUAUUUAAUGUGUUAUCAUUUAGGGCAGGUUAACAGAGUCAACUUAUUUAUCAAGUCAUUCUAUAAGUUUAAUUUGUUUGUCUCGAGAUUAUCUACAAAGAAUGAGAUUGAAUCACAAGAUUGCAAUCUCUACUAAUCAAUAAAUAAAUAGCAAGCUUUCCAAUCAUCCAAAUAAAAUGGAUUAUUUUUAUCCAGAAGUACAAUUAUAGUAGAGCUUUUUGCAUCAUUCAGAUACCAACCUGGUAUGAAUUAGCGCAUAAUAUAUAUAUACACAUUCAUUUAGAGGAAUGCAUUCGAAAUGUACACCUUAAAAAUUUAAAUAUGCAUUUUGUUCAUAAAAUACCAAUGUAUAUAUAUAUUUACAGUUAGCACAUGA